CUUGUUUUCUGUACUAUUUACCCUAAGAUUUCAGUACGAAAUUGACUUGGAUCUUUCGAAUUUGUAUCCGGGGAAUCGAUUCAUCCACGGCCACUCAUCACCUUGAAUUUGACUUGACUAUCGACCAGUUGCGAAAAUGCCAACCGCGACAGCUCGUGGCGGCCCGCGGUCGUCAAUGGGUGGUCCCGCUCCCACUGCAAACAUGGGCCCUCGCAUUGGAACUGCUGGAAAGGUCAGUGGUAAGAAGCUGCUGCAUGGUGCAGGUGGGAAGCGUCAUCGCAAAAUUCAGCGAGACACAAUCCAGGGCAUCACAAAAGGUGAUAUCAGACGUCUUGCCCGUCGUGGCGGAGUGAAGCGCCUGGCGGGGAUGAUAUAUGAUGAAACCCGAGAGGCCAUGAAGAAAUAUCUCGAAAGGAUCCUCAGGGACUGUGUGGCCUAUUGCGAUUAUUGUCGCGCCAAGACAGUAACCGUACACGAUGUCCUCCAUUCUCUGAAAAGAAUUGGUAGACCAGUCUAUGGAUUUGAUUCGCCACUUCCCGCGCCAAAGAAGGCGCCGGCACCCAACUCUUGAUCAACAUUCGGUUCAGAAUGCUACGGCCAUGCCCAAGUUCUUCUGACCUAUCAUGAAUGAUGUGCUUGGGAUUGACGGUUGCGAUGGCGUUGGGAGUUUACACAGUGUCUUUGUCUUGGUCAUUUGCGGGACUGUUCAUUUGUUAUUGUACUUGGCCAACUUUUGGGACGUCACAGCAAGGGCGGGCUGGCCUUUUGUUUCUGUCUUUUUUUUUUUUUUUUUUUGUUUUUCUCAUGACG